AUGAUGGUGGCCGUCACUCCUUGUCUUAGCGUGAUGUCGCCUUUCCUCACGGCACAAUGCUGUCGUCAGGAGCGCAACUAUGCGUGGAAACAGCGUACUUACCCGUUCGUUGUACCAAGCCUAACAGUGGAGACAUGUCCCACGGCUUCUCGAUUCGCGUCACUUGAAGCUUGUUCCAAACGUUCCAAGCAUUCCCUUUCCUCUGCACCGCGUCUGAGGGGUGGCACCUCUAGCUCCGAGCUUCGUUUUUCCUGGGGAUCUAGACGAAACGUUGGAGCCUUUGCUGCCUUGCGGAGACAACCAUCUUCUUGCAACUCUUUACCCGGUGGUCUGAGACACCGCCAAACAUCAAAUAGCGCGGGAGACUCAUCACUGACUUCUUCUGUUUUGGGGAGUUCAUAUUUCGAUCUUGGUCACCGUCGUCUGAUUUCCUCCGCGUACCUCUCACCUUUGUAUGACGGCGAUUUCUUGCCAUCCUAUGCUUAUACGCUGCCCUCACCUUCAUCCGUAAACCCUUUAUUCGGUACGCCGCCGUCUUUGCAUUCUUCCCGCGUGCGCAAGGCCCAUUCGCCAAGCUAUGUAUCGAGGAAUCAAUCGCAGCGAAGAGAGGAUUUCGAACUAGUCGCUAGCCUACCCUUCCGACCACGAAGGAGAGUUUCCUCGGGGAGCCUUCUUGUUGCGUGCGCUUCGCCUACGGACAGCCAAGAAAAGCCACAGCCCCCAAGACGUUUCCACGAACCUGUGUUAGCCGUUGAUUUCCCGGAGACCUUUCUGCCCCAAAAGACCUUUGGAAAACAGGCGCCGGUUCCUCACGACUGCGUCGCCGUCGCGCCUCGCUGCAUGCACGACAUUUGUUGGAUUCCCGCGGCGAGGGCGUACGCAGUUGCAGUGUAUGUGAACCGUGACAGUUUAGAGGGUUGGAAAGAGUGGUACACACAACGGAGACAUGCAGCUGAGAAGGGUUUAAAGGCGGAGGAGGAACAAGAAGCGCUGAGCCUUCUGUUCGCGCCAGAAAUCGAAAAGACACUGGUCUUUACAUUUGUCGGCAACAAAAAUCCGGAACACAUUCUCAAGGGCUUUCAUAGGGCACUUGCGAACUCAGUGCCAAGAAACAUGGAUGCCGGCUGUAAGGACGCUCUCUACAAGGAGGUUCAAGCUUUUAUUCAAGCUCUCCGGUCGUGCACCUUCAAACCAUCUUGUUCCCUCGCUGUAACAGUACUUCCAACAGAGGCGCUGACUUAUGCUGCGCCAGGCUCGAAGGCAAUCGAAUCAUCCACAGGCGGAGCGGAGAAACCGGAACAUUCUGUUCCGCCUGAAGGAGUGAAUGACAGCCGAGCAACAAUUGUGUUGAUGUACAAGGAGGCGAAUGACAUCUCGUUUAAACUCCUCGCUUCCUUUUCUUCUCGUUUCCUUAGUCUGGCACUUCACAAUUUGUACCUCGACGGCUGGGGGGCGCCAGAACCCCGUUAUCAGAGCAUCAGCAAAAAGUUCAGAGAAGGUGCUCGAAAGGCUUUACAAGAAAUGAAGGAAAAAUGAGAAACUGUACAGAGCAACGCGAGCUCACCGGGUGGUGGGCGUCGAGCGAGUGUCAGCUCAUAUAUAAAUUCUCGAGUCUUGUGUUCCUUAAUUCUUUUCAUCACCUGAAUUUCACACCUGUGAGCACGGCAGUCAGACGCUCUCGAACUCGCCUAGUUGCAAGUCAUUUCACGCUACAGCCACGCGGAUGACUCUAAACGUUUCCAUUUUUUUCGUC